AUGCCAGCCCAAAUCAACCCUCAUGACUACAAUGCCAUCAGAAAUGUCACAUCACUCUACUGCAUCGCUCUAGAUAACAAAGAUUGGUCUCUGCUCGAACGAGUCUUUGCAAAAGACGUUGUUGCAAAGUAUCCAUUCAACGAUGAACCUAUCCUAGGAGUUGACGCUUUGAGCAAAAGGAUACAGCAACGACUAAAGCCAGUAACCACCCAGCACGCAUUAACCACUCAACAUCUACUCCUCGAUACAGCUACCGCAAAGACAACCACCUAUUUUACUGGCGUCCAUUUGGGUAGAGGAAAAUGGGCAGGUCAGCAAGUGACCGCAUACGGAAAGUAUGUCGAUGAAUUGAUCUGUGUGUCAGAGGCGGAAGCGAUGGAUACAGACAUGGAAGCAGGAGCGAGUGGUAUUUGGAAGAUUCAGAGCAGGACAGUGACGUUCUUUGGUAGAGUUGGCGAGGAAGGCGUGAUGGAAGGAGAGGAUUGA